AUGACGAAGGCGGUGUGGUCGGUGUACAAUGGUGAUCCGAAGAUCUAUGAUAAACACGUGAUAGAACGAAUCCUCGAUGUCAUUCGUGCUCAACCAAAUUACGAUCAACGAGUGAUUGAUCAAAUCCUCGAUAUCGCAGCAGAAUGCGAACCUUCACCCCCAGCACCUGCACCACGAUUCUACUAUACCCGUGAAGCUGGCCAGGAGCAUCUGAAGCAAUUUGCUACCCACCAUGGGUAUACCUUGAACACCAGGCGCUCAGACGAAUCCAAAGUUGAUCUGGUUUGUUCUCGUUGGCCCGAUCCCAAGACAAAAGGAGCAGAUCAUGAGGGGACGAAUAUACGAGAUCGGAAAUCCACUGGAUGCAGCUGCCCGUUUCGUGUUCAGCUAAGAAAGCGCAAUGCAGGGCCGCAGAGACGUGCGUCUGCGGUUCCUCCAGAAAACCCACCAGAGCCGGUGUGGCAGCUACGAGUACAGCAUGGAACCCAUAAUCAUGGGCCAAAACGACGGUUUGGCAAUUCCGCGCGAGCCCCUGUCUCUACUGGGAUGAUUGGCAACAACCAAUCCGAUAUCUCCUUCCCAAUAAGCGAUGAGCUCUUGCUAGAUCAACUUUUUGAAGUCUCAGAGGAUGGCGUGCAUUCACCCCCAGAGCCGCCAAUGCCAGAGCCAACCAUCGAAGUUCCGGAAGAAAAAGAGCCAUCGCCGCCAGCGCUACCCCAAGUGCCACCCCCAGCACCCCCACCACGCUUUUACGACUCGCGCGAGCUUGGUCAGAAAGAUAUCAACGAAUUUGCUGCCAGCCACGGGUACACCCUAACUGUCCGGCGUUCAGAUCAGUCAAAAGUUGACCUAGUCUGCUCUCGCUGGCCAGAUCCUGCGAACCCACGCGAACGGAAAACAAAUGGAACCAAUUGCCCGUUCCGACUUCAGUUCAGACGGCGUGCUGGAGUAUCGCGGAAACCUGGGUAUAUUAUUCUUUCGGAUAGCCCCCAACCGACGGGAUGGGAGCUGCGAAUCAAAAAUGGAGAGCACAAUCAUGGGCCAAUGGCUGAGUCUCCGUUAAAGAAGAGAAAAAGAAAGAGUAUCGAGCCAUCGGAGUCUGCCAAUAACAUUGAGCCAUCAGGGUCUCCACUCGACACUUGA